GUGGAUCAGAGAGUGUCCGGUUCGGUUCUUCUGAAGUUUAUCCGGGAGAUGUUUGUGGAAGGAGAGCGGAUCAUGAGCGCCUUCGGGCCGCAGGCGGCGGGUCAGCAGGGCGGCCACAGCGCGCAGGACCUGCUGGACGUGUCGGUCUACUGCGACAACUUCAGCGCCUACCAGCACCACCAUCACCAUCAUCAUCACCAUCACCAGCAGCACCACCACCAGAACCAGCAACAGCAGCAGCAGCACCACGCAGUGCACGCGCCCAGCUACGGCCUGGGCGAAUAUGCGCCCACGUCCACCGGCUCCGGCACCACCGGCGCGCCCAGCGCCCCCAACCCGUACCUGUGGCUGAACGGCCCAGGGAUCAGCCCUUCUCCCUACCAGUACCUGCAGACGGGCUACAGCGCGGGCCAGCGGCAGCUCGUGGCGCCUCCUACAGGCUUCGCGGGCGCAGAGCUCGGGUGGCUCUCCGUGUCCAGCCAGCAGGAGCUCUUCAAACUCGUGCGCCCACCUUACUCCUACUCGGCCCUCAUCGCCAUGGCCAUCCAGAACACGCGCGACAAGAAGCUCACGCUCAGCCAGAUCUACCAGUAUGUCGCUGAGAACUUCCCAUUCUACAAGAGGAGCAAAGCGGGCUGGCAGAACUCCAUCAGACACAACCUGUCCCUCAACGACUGCUUUAAGAAGGUGGCGCGCGACGAAGAUGAUCCAGGAAAAGGCAAUUACUGGACUCUGGACCCAAACUGCGAGAAAAUGUUUGACAACGGCAAUUUCCGGCGGAAGAGGAAGCGCAGGGCAGAUGCAGUCAAAACCGAAGUUUCUCCGGUGGAUUCUCGUACCGGCAGCACGAGCGCAACCCCGUCUCCGCGAGGCCUCGGUACCUCUCCAUCCGCGAGCGAGCCGCGCUCCCCGCAGUCCCCGGAACUCAGCCCAUGUUUCGACAGCUUCGUGAGCCACGUGAACACCGUGCUGGGCGGUAACGGCGACGGAGCGCGCCCCGGACCCGGCACGCGCUCUCCAGUACUCAGCCACGGGAGGCUGGGCAGUUACUACACGAGCGCGGGCGGGUUCAGCAGCUCCCUGUCUAAUCACUUCAGCGUGGACAGUCUGAUUUACAACCGCGAAGGAACUGAGGUCUAACUGCGGUUCAGUUAUGUUUACGUUCCGGAUCACCAGAACCACCAGGAUCACCAGACACGUGCGCUGGGAAUCACCACUGGAGCUCAGCAUCCUGUGAUCGAACUGGAAGUUUCCCAAUACCAUAACGAACAUGAACAUCCUUUGAACAUCAUGAACAUCAUCAAACUUUACCUUUUCUCCCACGAGGAGGGAAAAAAAAGAAAAGUAGACCUCGCGCUCUGUGAGCGCACAUAUUAUUUUUUCACAAUUCUUUGUUCUAUAAUUUUGUUAUGUAUACAGUUGUUUAUCACAAUACUAAACAGUUGCACUGCUCUGUAAAUACUGUACAAACACGUUCAUAUCCUUCAGUUUACACAUUUAGCCCAAAAUGCAUUUUAUUUUCAUUGGCUAACACCUGUUACACCUGCAAGCAUUAUUGGGUGUCCAGAAUCUGCAACAUUUUGUAACUUUUUAACUUUUUUUGUAAAUGAAUGUUGAUAUAUUUUUAUUUAAUGAAUUUUGUAAAUAAACUGUGUUAUAAAAUCUAA